GAGAGAAGCCAAAAACUUCCUGGCAUUCACACACAAGAAAAAGAAAGACAUGAUGAUGAGUGUUACAGACAGGCUAGGCUAGGCUGUAUAUUUUACACACCCUCUUUUUUCACUCCGAUCCCUCCUCCAUUAAUGGCGAUCUAUCUAUCCUCCUCAAUAUAACAACUGCCUGCACCCAUUUUGGGUCCCUAUACUCAUAACUACAUCAUCACAUAUCAAUCUCCCUCCACCUAUACAUACACACAUGGCAAAUGACAAUCACUACCAGAAUUCCACCACCACCUCCUCCUCCUCCACCACUUCCGCCGCCGAUGGACUUUCACAGCGAGUCAACAGCCCCAGAUUCUCCGGUCCGAUGACUCGCCGUGCUCAGUCCUUCAAACGCAACAACACUAAUAAUAAUAAUACCCAUCAUGAGAUUGAUGUUCUCAACUCACCUAGAUCUGAACAAACUGAGGCCUUUGACUCCAUCCCUGAAAAGAAGCUGACCCGUUUGACCCAACGGCUUCAGCCCAAGAGAAGUGCUGGAUCUGGUAACGUUGAUUUUGUUGGAUUAGAGAAGAAAAAACGGUUAGGGCAGUGGAUGUUCUUUGCGUUUUGUGGAUUAUGUUUGUUUUUGGGGAUUGUUAAGGUUUCUGUCAAUGGAUGGUUUGGAUCUGCUAUUGAAAGAAUUGGGCUUGAUCAGGAUUACUGGGAUUCGUCAACCUCUCUUAAGAACCCAACAGAUCAUAUUUCUCACAACAAUCGAUAUCAAGAUGACGAAGAAAAUGACGUGAAACAAACUCUGGUAAUGGUGGCUUCUGGUAUAGUCAGGGAUCAAGAUCAUAAGGAUGAUUUUACAGGUAUAUGGACUAAACCAAGUAGUGGUAAUUACACUCAGUGCAUUAACCGCCCAAAAAGUCAUAAGAAGUUGGACGACAAGACGAAUGGUUACCUUCUUAUCAAUGCAAAUGGAGGAUUGAAUCAGAUGAGAUUUGGGAUAUGUGACAUGGUUGCUGUUGCUAAGAUUAUGAAGGCCACAUUAGUCCUUCCGUCUCUCGAUCACACUUCCUACUGGGCUGAUGAGAGUGGCUUCAAAGAUCUGUUUGACUGGAAACAUUUCAUUGAAACUUUAAAAGAGGAUAUCCACAUAGUUGAGGCAUUGCCACCUGCAUAUGCUGGAGUUGAACCUUUUGCCAAGACUCCGAUUUCAUGGUCAAAGGUUAGCUAUUAUAAAAUGGAGAUUGUGCCACUUUUGAAACAUCACAAAGUUGUGUAUUUCACUCAUACCGAUUCUAGAAUCGCCAACAACGGCAUCCCAAAUUCUAUUCAGAAGUUAAGGUGCCGUGUUAAUUACCAAGCGUUGAAGUACUCUGCACCAAUUGAGGAAUUAGGGAAGACUUUGGUUGCAAGAAUGCGACAAAAUGGAGGCCCGUAUCUUGCUUUGCACUUAAGAUAUGAAAAAGACAUGCUUGCAUUUACGGGUUGUAGCCACAAUUUGACUGCAGAAGAAGACGAUGAACUAAAAAGGAUGAGAUAUGAAGUGAGUCAUUGGAAAGAAAAAGAAAUAGACGGGUCAGAAAAAAGACAAAUGGGCGGGUGCCCAUUAACCCCACGAGAAACGUCCCUUUUACUUAAAGCGUUGGGUUUUCCACCAAGCACCAGAAUUUAUUUAGUAGCCGGUGAAGCAUACGGGAAUGGGACAAUGCAAGCUCUGAACCAAGAUUUCCCAAACAUUUUCUCACACUUUAGUUUGUCAACCGAGAGAGAACUGAAGCCUUUUAGGAACCACCAAAACAUGUUGGCUGGUUUGGAUUAUGUUGUCGCCCUUCAGAGUGAUGUUUUUGUUUAUACCUAUGAUGGUAAUAUGGCAAAAGCUGUUCAAGGUCAUAGGCGAUUUGAGGAUUUCAAGACAACCAUCAAUCCUGACAGGAUGAAUUUUGUUAAGCUUGUGGAUGAAUUGGAUGAAGGAAAGAUAAGUUGGGAAGAAUUUAGCUCUGGAGUGAAAAAGGUUCAUGAAAACAGAUACGGAGGCCCGUACAUUCGCGAAGCUGGCGAAUUUCCCAAAUUAGAAGAAAGCUUUUAUGCAAAUCCACUUCCUGGGUGUCUAUGCGAGGAAAAAUAGCGAUUAAAUUACUUGCUGUGGAAGACAUACAUACCGUUAAGAAAGAAAAAGAGUGAGGUGACUCGCACCACAAUUAAUCAAGAGUAAUUGUAUGCAGCUGAGGUUUAAAAAUUGAGAAUUCACUCAGGCUCUUGGAUUCAGUAUAGAAUAUAGAAAAUAGAUUAAGAAUACCUGUUCCAUAACUUAAAUUAUUAUUAUUAUUAUUACAUCUUUCCUGCUUUCAUCCA